CGAACAUUGCCAUUGAGCCCACAGUAAUAUCGCUCUGACCUUGUCUCUUCUAUAGGAAUUGUCAAUUUAUUUGCUUGUCUUAAGAGUUAGGCAUAAAAAACAUGAAAUGAGUUUCUUUUUUUUUAAGGGUGGGGUUUUUUGACAUAGACCGGCAAAAGCAGGAACUAUGUAAACAGGAAGUGCCCAAAUCAGAGGUAGGACGGUGCCUCUUCUUUUAGGGACCGUUUUCGCUUAAUUUCUCAGGAUGCCGGUUAUUUCCUUACGCCUUUGAGAAAGAGGCUCAAGUGUUAAUGCUGCCUUCUAAAUGGAAGUAGUUAAGUUGGAAAUUUAGCUAGAAGAAGCGACGUUCGAAGAAAGCUCUGGAGAAAUAAAUGUCAUCUGUCAAAGCCCUUAUCGGUGCUGAAGAGAAAGGGGAGAUCUGUCUAAAAUAAGGCUUAAUCUAUAAUGAAGAAUUGAAGUUUCACGGUCAAAAACUAAGACGCUGGAUCCCAUUAAGUAAAAUCUGCUUGUGAAAUGAACACCCUGUCGGGGAGGUCUCGCCCUGUGAGGGAUAUUUAACAUAAAAGAACAUUAUGAUAUAUACAACAACUUUUGGUUUGCCUAUAUUAAUGAAAAGUGCCAGAAGAAUUCUUCCCUGCUGUUCUUCAUACUUGUGCCUAAGACUGACAGCUAUAAGAUACUGCGUAAUAAAUGGCACAAUGAAAUCUAGAAGAAAAUCAGAUCAUCUGGAGAGAACAGCAAAUGACUUUCGACAUGAGAUUAUUUCUAAAGCAAAAGUGUGUGGCAUCAUCAAUGAAUCUGAAACAGUUAAAAGACUUCGUUUGGCAGUGACAGAUAAGGAAUUUACUUUUAAGGCAGGACAAUGGGUAGACUUCUUUAUACCUGGAACUUCUGUAGUUGGUGGAUUCUCAAUGUGUUCAAGUCCUGGUAUGUUGGAAGAAGAGGGAAUAUUAGAACUUGCAGUAAAACAUACAACACACCCACCUGCUCACUGGAUUCAUACUCAGUGUGCUCUUAAUUCAGAAGUGGCUUUGCGAGUUGGAGGCAACUUCUUUUAUGAUCCUCGGCCUAAAGACAUUCCAGCAAAUGUUGUGCUCAUAGCAGGUGGAGUAGGCAUUAAUCCUUUAUUUUCUAUACUGCUCCACAUCGUAGACCUUCACAGAACUAAAGAGAAGAAAGGAAAUGAUUGCAAAAUGGGAACAACCAAACUCUUUUAUUGUGCAAAAAAUGCACAUGAACUUCUGUUCAGGAAAGAGAUUCUUGCUUUGACAAAUGCAUUUCCUGGAAAAAUCACAUGCAGUUUCCACGUUACCAAGCAGAAUUCGCCAAUUUGUGAGAAACUUCUGCCUUACAUCAAGGAAGGAAGAUUAUCUGGAAGUGACCUAGAAAAAUGUAUCUCCAAGAAUACUUUGUGGUACAUUUGUGGACCACCUCCAAUGAUAGAAUCCAUCUCUAAGCUGCUUGAAAACCUUGGGGUGAUUCAGAGCAAUAUUUUCUUUGAAAAGUGGUGGUAGCACAUCCAGCAGCAUUCCAGACAAAAUAAGAAUGAAAACAUAAUAUAUGCAUGUUUGCUGAUGAACACUGAAAGUUUACACAAAGUAAAAUUUUUCCAUUUGUGGAAAUAAAAUAAUUCAUAAUGAAAUUAUAAAAUUUAUUUUUAACAAACAAUUUGGAAAAACAAAUAGGAAACAUGUUAAAUUUGUCCAUGUACUGAGCAGUGACAAUUUAUAAAAAUAAAUAUUUUAUUAAAUAUUUUAUUAACUUUGGUAUGUAAUAUAUAGGUAUAUAACUAAAUAUUAUAUAUGUAAGAUUUCACUACAUACAGAUAAGAGAAGAAGAAUGACUUGAAAUCUACGUCGCCUCAUAUGGGAAGGACAAACUUAAGAUAAAAGGAUGGAAUUCAUCUAUCCAUUUCUGGUCUACCUUGUAUUUUCUAUUGAAGACUGUUUGAAAAGUAAAAGAUGUUGCUUUUGAAGCUUCUUGUAUUUUCAGGAACAAGAUUUGGCACAAGGUUAUUAAUAAAGUUCUGAAUGUACAUUUCAGUAAUUAGAUUGGAUUUGAAAUUAAUUGUGCUGUGGUAGAACCACUACAAUCAAUAAAAUGAGAUAAUUGAGUCAUGAAUAAAUGAAGUGCUGUUAAUUUCCAGUGGUUUACUCAAAACAUGAUGGAAUCUGGAUCCAACGUAUUUCCAUAAUAUUAUCUCUUUAUCAAUUUUAGUUAUGGAACUUCAUUUGAAAUAACAUUAUAGACUGACCUAUUUCUGGUCAUAAGCAGCACACACACUGUGCACCACACACAGUGGGUCAAACUUGGAAUUAUUCUGCUGCAUCAAGGUUAAAAAAUGUGCCAUCAUUAUAAACUUAGCUAAAACAGGUCUAAGCAGUUUUAUUUGGAAGAAAAUCUUAUUGGUUUCAAUGAAAUUUACUUUGAAAUAUUAAAAUUGGAUGUUUAGCAUUUUCCAGAAGCCACUUGGCUUGACUAGCAUAUGUUGAGACAACGUAGUUCAAAAUGAAGGGAAGCUGCCUAAGGGUCUGCACUGCUACUGUGGUAGCGGAACUACAGUAAUUAUGUAAGAGAUUUUGAGUUUAACUAAAGGUACUAAAUAAAUUAAUAUUGUGGUUUGAUGGUAUAAUCUUAAAACAAAUUUAAUUAUGCUGCUUUUCCUCAGAGUGGAAUGCUAUGUAUAGUGUUACUUGUCUGUACUAUAAUAAUUGCAAGGAAUUUAAGAG